AUGAAAAUCUCCAAAUCUCUCUGGAGUGUUAUGAUUUCUAUUCUCUUCUAUCUUACUUCUGCUCCACCAUUUGUGAUUUGCUCAUCUCUUGAAGUCACCAUUGAUAACCAUUCACCAAGCAAUCUCAAGACUAAAGGAUCCCUAGAACAAGAUAAGUUGAGUCAUCAAAUGAUAAAUAGCAUAAAGCUUCAUGGCAUUCUCUUAUGGGUUUCCAUGGGCUUUCUUAUGCCAGUGGGGAUUCUCUUCAUUAGAAUGGCCAAUAAAGCUCAUGAAAAUGGAAUAAAAGUUAAAGUGUUCUUCUACCUUCAUGUCAUUUUCCAGAUACUGGCAGUAGUUUUAGCAACAAUAGGAGCUAUACUGUCUUUAAGAACAUUGGAGAACUCUUUUGACAACAACCAUCAAAGACUUGGUUUGGCUCUUUAUGCUGCCAUGUGGCUCCAAUUCUUGACCGGUGUCUUCAAGCCCUCAAGAGGGAGCAAAAGGAGGUUAAGAUGGUUCUUAUUGCAUUGGAUACUUGGAACAAUAGUGUCAAUAGUUGGCAUAGUAAACAUAUACACAGGCAUACAAGCUUAUCAAAAGAAGACAUCAUUAAGUAGAGACUCAAGUCUUUGGACAAUCUUGUUCACAGUUCAAGUCACUUGUCUUGUCUUCUUCUAUCUAUAUCAAGACAAAUGGGAACAUUUUCAAAAGCAAAGAGUUGUUCUUGACGAAUUGGAUCAUCAAAAUAAUAACACAAAUGGAAGAAAUAACCAAAGCAUCCAAGUGGUAACGAGAAAUGAUCAUGAACAAAAGGUCAUGGUUCCUCAGCCUUGUCGCAAAAGUAAUGCACUUGUGAAUCUGUUUAAAUUGAUUUGA